AUGCCCUUCUGCACUGGGGCCAUCGACUGGGCCAUGGUUGUUCUAACAGGAGCCACCACCCUAAAACUUCAUUCAGACCAAGAUAAAGGAGAUGGAUCGCUCAAAUAUAUUUUAUCUGGAGAUGGAGCUGGUACUCUUUUUAUUAUUGAUGAAAAAACAGGUGAUAUUCAUGCCACAAGACGAAUUGAUAGGGAGGAAAAGGCCUUUUAUACUCUACGUGCACAAGCUAUUAACAGAAGAACUCUGAGGCCAGUAGAACCAGAGUCUGAGUUUGUGAUUAAAAUCCAUGAUAUCAAUGACAACGAGCCAACAUUCCCAGAAGAAAUUUAUACAGCUAGUGUUCCUGAAAUGUCCGUUGUAGGUACUUCUGUGGUGCAAGUCACGGCUACAGAUGCUGACGACCCUUCAUACGGGAACAGCGCCAGAGUCAUUUACAGCAUACUUCAAGGGCAGCCUUAUUUCUCUGUGGAGCCAGAAACAGGUAUCAUCAGGACGGCUCUACCAAACAUGAACAGAGAGAACAGGGAACAGUACCAGGUGGUCAUCCAGGCCAAGGACAUGGGUGGCCAGAUGGGGGGUUUGUCUGGAACCACCACAGUGAACAUCACACUAACAGAUGUCAAUGACAAUCCGCCUCGCUUCCCUCAAAAUACCAUCCAUCUUCGAGUUCUUGAAUCCUCUCCAGUUGGCACAGCUGUUGGAAGUGUAAAAGCAACUGAUGCUGACAUGGGGAAAAACGCUGAAGUAGAUUACCGCAUUAUUGAUGGAGAUGGGACUGAUAUGUUUGACAUUAUAACUGAGAAGGACACACAGGAAGGCAUCAUUACUGUGAAAAAGCCACUUGACUAUGAGAGCCGAAGGCUUUAUACUCUGAAGGUCGAGGCUGAAAAUACCCAUGUGGAUCCACGUUUCUAUUACCUAGGGCCAUUCAAAGAUACUACAAUUGUGAAAAUUUCCAUAGAAGAUGUGGAUGAGCCCCCUGUUUUCAGCAGAUCCUCCUACCUGUUUGAGGUUCAUGAGGAUAUUGAAGUGGGUACAAUCAUUGGCACUGUAAUGGCAAGAGACCCAGAUUCUACUUCCAGUCCCAUCAGAUUCACUUUGGAUCGCCAUACUGACCUUGACAGGAUCUUUAAUAUUCAUUCUGGAAAUGGAUCACUUUAUACUUCAAAGCCACUGGAUCGUGAACUAUCUCAAUGGCAUAAUCUUACUGUUAUAGCUGCUGAGAUCAACAAUCCUAAAGAGACAACGCGAGUGUCAGUUUUUGUGAGGAUUUUGGACGUUAAUGACAAUGCUCCGCAAUUUGCCGUGUUUUAUGACACAUUUGUAUGCGAAAAUGCCAGACCUGGACAGCUGAUACAGACCAUAAGUGCAGUUGACAAAGAUGAUCCCUUAGGUGGACAGAAGUUUUUCUUCAGUUUGGCCGCUGUUAAUUCUAACUUCACAGUACAGGAUAAUGAAGAUAACACUGCCAGAAUUUUAACCAGAAAGAACGGCUUCAACCGACAUGAAAUAAGCACCUAUCUCCUGCCUGUGGUGAUAUCUGAUAAUGACUACCCGAUUCAGAGCAGCACGGGCACCCUGACCAUCCGAGUGUGUGCCUGCGACAGCCAGGGCAACAUGCAGUCCUGCAGUGCCGAGGCCCUGCUCCUCCCUGCCGGCCUCAGCACCGGCGCCUUGAUAGCCAUUCUCCUCUGCAUCAUCAUUCUGCUGGUUAUAGUAGUCCUCUUUGCAGCUCUGAAAAGGCAACGCAAGACCGAGCCUCUGAUCUUAUCCAAGGAAGAUAUCAGAGACAACAUCGUGAGCUAUAACGAUGAAGGUGGCGGAGAGGAGGACACCCAGGCCUUUGACAUCGGUACCCUGAGGAAUCCUGCAGCUAUUGAGGAGAAAAAGCUCCGGCGAGAUAUAAUGCCUGAAACGUUAUUUAUACCACGGAGGACUCCUACAGCCCCGGAUAACACGGACGUCCGGGAUUUCAUCAACGAGCGGCUCAAAGAGCAUGACCUGGACCCCACUGCACCUCCCUACGACUCACUGGCUACCUACGCCUAUGAAGGAAACGACUCCAUUGCUGAAUCUCUGAGCUCAUUAGAAUCAGGUACCACUGAGGGAGACCAAAACUACGAUUACCUCCGAGAAUGGGGACCUCGGUUUAAUAAACUAGCAGAAAUGUAUGGCGGCGGAGAGAGCGACAAAGACGCUUAGCCUGGCACCAGAGUUCUGCUCCAGGAGAAAAAGUAACUUUGCGGAUCUUGUCUCCACUUCACAAUAUUUGAUAUUCAGGAGAAUUUUUUUCCUGCCACUCAGCACAAGUUUUCCACUUAUUUCUUAAUUUGUUCAUUAAUUAUAUUAAUUCUUUCCUGUAGGAUGUCUCAUGGAAUAUAUACAACAUUUUAUUUAAUCACUUCCAAGAGCCAAAGCUAUGGAAAUUCAAUGUUGUCCAUCAUAGUAAAUAAAAGAAACCUGAUCAGGAUAGUUCUCCCGUAAGCAACCUCACGAACAAGCCGCUUCUGUUAGAUACACGUCUUGCCCUUGCAAAUGAAGUUUUGAAAAGGCAAAGAAAACAU